CUCUGUGGUUACUCAGACUCUGGUGACAACAGGAACAGCAGAUAUGCCAUCUUCACUUCUCUUAGAGGUCCCAGCAAUGGCUGAAUUCAGUAAGACUUGUGCCGAACUCAAAGACUGGCUCACCCUUCUUGACCGUGUGAUAAAGGCACAAAUUGUGACAGUAGGAGAUGUGGAAGAAAUUAAUGAUAUGAUUAUGAAACAAAAGGUAACUCUACAGGAGUUAGAAAAAAAGCAUCCUCAUUUGGUAGAACUCGAAACUGCAGCACAAAAUCUGAAAAACAAAACAAGCAACCCAGAAGCUCGAGCAGUGGUAUCAGAUCGCAUUGAUAAAAUGCAAAACCAGUGGGAGGAAGUACAGUGUCACCUCCAAAAUCGAAGACAGCAGCUACAGGAAAUGCUUAACGAUUCUGUCCAGUGGAUAGAAGCUCGUCAUGAGGCAGAACAGGUGUUGGAGAAAGCAAAAGGAAGGAUUGAAUCUUGGAAAGAAAUUUCAUAUACCGUUGAAGCACUAAAGAAGCAAAAUACUGACCUUAAGCAAUUUUCCAAAGAACUUCGUCAGUGGCAGAUAAAUGUUGAUGUGGUAAAUGAUUUGGCCUUCAAGCUUCUGCGGGACUAUUCUGCUGAUGACACCAGAAAAGUGGAGCUAAUGAAAGACAACAUUAAUUUAACAUGGACAAGGAUUAAUAAAAGGGUCCCCAUCUUUAGCUUUGCACAUGCAACUGGGGACAACCAUUAUUCACAAUGGCCAGCCCUAGUACCCACGCCUGAAUUCCUACAUGAGAGGAACAUGGAAGAGGCAAAACACUAUGCCAGCCCUAGGCAGGAUGAUGAGUAUGAACUGGACUUUCCACAUGUCUGCACAGCUUAA